AUGGGUUCAUCUUGUUCAUGCGUUGACUCCCACGUAUCUACGAAUCAAGAAAUAGGAAUAAUGAAUGAAGAGUCAAUACUAAUAAAAAAGAAUACAGAAAAAGUUUCAACUGAAAAUCAAUUUACAACUUACACCAGUUUAACCAUAACAUUGCCAGAGUUACCUUCGCCAGUAAGGACUCAAGCUGUUUUUCGUGGCUAUAUGGCUAGAAAUUAUGUAUUCUUUUUAAAUGCACUAUUAUUAAUUUAUUUAUUAAUAAAAAUGUAUUAAAAACAGUUAAAAAGGCAUAAAAAAUCUUUUUGAAGACCAAAAAUCAAAUAUCACGAAAAGUCUUAAACGGGAAGCCCUUCAAGAGCUCCAAGGCGAAAUUCCUGACUAUUCAAAUUCUGCCACAAUGGCUGCUUUGCACAAAUUUGGGCCUUUUAAAUAUGACACUCCUGCUCAGGAAUACACUCGAACUCCUAAAAAAGGCCCAGUUUUGCUUGAAAAUGGUGAAAUUUAUAUUGGAGAAUGGAAUGAAAAGAACGAAAGGCACGGAAAAGGCCAGCAGCUGCUAAAAGAUGGAUCAGUUUACGAAGGAUACUGGAAAAAUGACAUGGCAAAUGGCCAAGGAAGGCUUAUUCAUGGUGACGGAGACGUAUAUGAAGGCUCCUGGCUUAAUGACAAAGCCCACGGCUACGGAACUUACACCCAUAUUGAUGGCGCCCAAUAUGCAGGAACCUGGGAAGAAGACAAACAGCACGGCAGUGGCUUAGAAACCUGGCCAGACGGCGCAAAAUAUGAGGGGAGCUACUCACAUGGAAAAAAGCACGGAAAAGGCAAAUUUUAUUGCGCAGACGGAAAUUUAUAUGAAGGGGAUUUCCAGGACAAUAAUUUGCAUGGGUUUGGGACUUUUACCUGGAAUGACGGAAGAAGAUAUGUAGGGGAGUGAAAAAGCAAUCGGAUGAAUGGAAAAGGAACAUUCACGUGGCCUGAUGGAAGGUGCUAUGAGGGGGAUUAUGUUGAUGAUAAAAAACAAGGGUAUGGAAUUUUUAAAUGGCCUGAUGGAAGAGUGUAUGAAGGAGCUUGGUUUAAUGGGAAACAGCAUGGAAGAGGGACUUAUCAAGCUUCGGUGAGGGGUGAAAAGAAAGAAGGGGAGUGGAAAGAAGGGAAAAGGCUAAAAGAUCCUUCUGAAAGUUAA